CUCUCUCUCUCUCUCCCCCCUGCGCCAAAAAUGUCUUCCUCUUCCAACAAUGACCAGGCGGCCGCCAGUGUCUCUGCCAAUGCCCAACCCCCCACCCCCGCUGCUGCUGCUGUGUCGCCCAACAGCGGCCAGUCGGCCGCCGCUACUGCUGCUCCAUCUGGCGGCCGUUCCACCGCGCUGAAUCUUCACCCGACUCUGGUGACCAGCCGCCCGGCUCGCAAGCAGGCGGCCUCGUGGGAGAAUGAACGUCGCGCGGCGAUGGAUCGCGCGCCGGACGGCACCACCGGCUACAACAUCUUCUACAAUCGCCAUGGUGGUGGCUUCGCCGGGACGCACGGUGGCCGUCGAGAGCUAGCCUCCACGCGCAUCGACGUUGCCCUGGAUUCGGGUCUCACCAAGGGCUCAUACAAUUCCCACGCCUUCAUCUGCCUCGACUAUGCCCACGGCUGCUGCGACAAGGGCGGCGACUGCGGGUACCUGCACAAUGUCCCUGGCGAGAACUUCAAGGAGGACAACAUGUACGAUUGCUUCGGCCGUGAGAAGCACUUCCUCCAGCGGCAGGACCGCGGUGGUGUCGGCUCCUUCGAAGGCGACAACCGGACCCUCUAUGUGGGCGGCGUCCACACUGGGCGCGGCAUCCGCAACGCGGAGGACGUCCUUCUUCGUCACUUCAGUGCCUAUGGGAAACUGAGUAGCAUCAAUGUGCUUCGCGACAAGGACGUUGCCUUCGUCCGGUAUGAAAAGGGCGCCUCGGCCGAAUUUGCCAAGGAGGCCAUGCACCACCAGUCGCUUGAUGACAAUGAGGUUCUCAACAUUCGCUGGGCCAAUGAGGAUCCGAACCCCCGCGUGCGCCAGGCGCUGGCUGAGAUGUCUGAGCGCCAGCUGCUGGCUGCAGUGCUCGAGCGCCAUGGAUCCAAGGCUUCCACCGAUGAGUAUAGCGCCUUCCGGCAGCUGUUCCAGUCGGUUCGUAGUCGUCAGGCGGCCAAUGGCCAAGAGAAGGCCUCCGCCCCUGCUGGGCCCACCCCGCCGGAGAGCCAGGCCCCAGAGACUGAGCCCCAGUGGCGUGCCUACUGGCAGGCGCUCGGCCAUUCGCAAGAGCACAUCGACUUCUGGGCCAAUGCGGCCUUCGGCACCGGGUCGGUCCAGGGUGCCCUCCCUGCUCCGGUUCCGGCAGUCACUCUCCCCCUGCCAUCGGCGGUGAGCGAUCGCAUUUCGCUCCCCCUGCCGGAGAAGGUGCGCGCCGCGGCCACCGGCGCUGGCGGUCGGGCAAAUGUUUCGGCGGCGCAGGCUUUCCUGACUGGCGGUGGGAGCGCGGUGGCCGGGGCGACGACCGGCGCCGCCGGGGCCAAGCGCUCGGCCACUGCCGGCGGGCAGGGGUCUCCGACCGGCGAAGCCAAGCGCCAGCGAGUGGCCUCGGCGAGCAGCAGCGAUAGCGACAGCGACAGCGAUGCCGAGGACUCUGGCACCUUCUGGUUCAACAACCCGACGGUUCUGUCGACCGCGGCGGCGAUUGCGUCCGGCUCGCAGCCGGCCACCAGCACCACCAAGAAGGAUUAGCGGGCAUGGCCGAAAGGCGUUUUGCUUCUCCCCCCUCUUGGGGGUGGUUCCGCCCCUCUUUCGUCCCCCCCCCCCCC